AGCUAGUGUGUAUGGACCUGAGUCACUGUGAAUUUCAGGACCAGCAGGCCCUGAUGCGUGCUGUGAGCACGCUCCCCUGCCUCAGGACGCUGGUGCUGGAGGGAAACCCCUUCACUCUGGCCCUCUCGUACCCAGGCUUCACUCUGGACAGUCUCCCUCAGCUCUCCUGCCUGGACGCCUCAUGGGUCUCCCCUGAGGAAAAACUUUGCUUUAGAGGCUUGGCCAAGAAGAGUGAUCUGAUAGUGGACCGGGCAUCAGCCACAGUGAGUGUGGGCAGGAUGAGAGGAAUCCCAGACCCGCUGAUGAGUGAGGACGGAAACACUCCUGAUUUCCCUGUCAUCGCUUACAGCUAUUUUAUCACAUACGACUUCCUCAGUCAUCAAACUGUUAACCUGAAUAAUGACAGUGAUUCUAAAUUUGACGCAGCACAUAUGACAGAGGACUGCUUCAGUUCUUCCGGCCUACAAUCCAACAAAAGUUGUGAAAAAGAAUCUUCCAAACCUGACACACAAGCCUUGACAGUGUUCACUGAGGAAACCUGCCAUGAUAUUGCCCAUGUGACAAGACACAGCACAACAAAGCUGACAUGGUCAGAUUGCAUUGACUUCAGUAACACAAAAACACACGUCAUGAGUGAUCUGGGAGGCCUUAAACGAUUCUUCAAUCAAGGCCUUUAUCUGACGAUAGUGGAGGAAAAGGUUCUGUCAUGGCCUGCAGCCUCUGAAGACGUCCCGGGGCCCAAACCCUGCCGGACUGUGAAAGAAAAGAAAGGCGGUAAAGGGAAAGAAUCUCCAAUUAAAUCUGGUUCCACCAAAGAUAAGUCUAAAGACAAAAAGAAGAAAUCUGUGCUAGAGCUGGUGCAGGACGCCUCCAUCCAAAGAACCCUUGGCUCUGUGCACGUCCCGCUGCAGAGCCUGGUGCAGAGAGGAGGGAAGGUGGACGUCCUCUGUGACUUCGGUGCUCUUCACGCUGAGACUGAGGUGGAAGCUGCGCCAACACUUGAAAAGGAUCUGGGAAAGAAACUCAAAGAGGACAAGAAGAAGGAGAAGGAACCAAAGCGGGGAGCGGACAGCGGCUCUAAACAGAAGAAUACAGCAGCUUCAAAAGGCAAAGUAAAGGAAACAAAUGACUGCGAGAUGGAAGUGCAUCUGGAGCCGGUGACCGUGGAGUUGAAGGUGGAGCUGGAGAAAUGGCAGUCUGCGUCUGAAGCUCAUCGUCUCCUUCUUCCACACCAGCACUCAUAAAAACAUGAUUGGCAGCCAGGCUUACUUUCUUAUUUAGAGUUUGACCUACUGUACGCUAUGAACCAGCAGGUUACUGUUUCAGGCCUAGCUUGGUUUAAGUGUGACAAUAUAUUUAACCA